UGCUAGCUCAGUAUGUCACUCGUAUCAAGAAAUGGUCUAUUGCUUUGGGUGUGGCAUGUGCACAUGCUGUCCCCUGUCGAUUACCUGAGAGACUGCAAUUAAAUUGUCUCUACUCGGCCCAGGGCCCUUUGGGGAGAUCUGGAUCCUGAGGAACCUUUCAAAGUUGAACUGACGGCCCCUGUUGAUAAGGCACCAGAUUUCAAAUCGAGAAUUGAGUAUGACAUCGAGGCUGCUUGUGCUCGACAGAGGGUUUUUAAUUAUCAGGUGUCCUUACCUCAUUUUGCGGAUAACAAAUUCUUGAUCGAAGCAUUGGAGAGGUAUAAAUUACAUCUUCAUCUAAAGCAGUAAAAUUCAGAAAUGUGUUUUGUACCGUGCUAUGACUUUGACCUUAUUUAAUGGCAUAUCAGGUUAAUCCUGGGUAAAGUAUUCGAUCACAAUAAUGAUUCGAUUGAACAACCGACAGCCAGGGUCAAAACUAGGCAAGUAACACGAAAGGAAUGGAAAAACCCGGGGCAUUAAUUUGAACGUAAUGAAGCCAUGUUUCGCAGAGAGCAUCCACAUGGUUCGCAGAAAGAAUCCAUUGAUUACAGUUUGUAUGGAGCUUUUGAGUACACCGUAGACUUGACUAUGUUGGAAGUUGAGUGUCGAAGCAAUAAGAUUAGAAAAUACGGAUCAAUAUCAGUAUCUGGGCAACUGCCCACCUACCCCUCCCCUAACCCCAACUUGUUAUCAAUUGUCAACUGACUAUUGUUGAGUAAGGGGAGGGGUAGGUGGGCAGCUGCCCAGAUACUGAUAUUGAUCCGAAAAUACAAGUAUACACAUGGGGAGGUGACGAAUAGCUAUUCACAAAACAAUUCAAAAAUUAUUGGACGGUGUUG